UUGUUGUCAUUAAUUAAUCAUAAAGAAUUAUCAGUUCAAUGUCCAAUCAAAACUGAUAGAAAUUUUGUAACGUCUUCAUGAUAAUAGUUGAUUGAAAAAUUGUAUAUUAAUAUGUUCUCCUAAAUACCAAUAGAUUUGAUAUCGUUUGUUUAUCAUAAAUGACUGUGAUGAAAUAUAUUGUUUAUUUACGUUGAUUUUCUUCGAUGUGACUGUCAUUUACUGUAGAGCAUUGAUAGAGUGAUAAUACAAGCCAAAAUGUUAUUGAGAAUGUCUAAAAAACUUAAUCUAAACAAAUUUAUUAAUUUGUAUCAAAUGAAAAAUUCGAACAGACUUCAUACAAGUGUACAAAAUUUAUCAAUAGUUAAUCCAAAAAUUGAGGAAAAUAAAAUAAAUGUCAAAGGUAUUAACAUUAAUUAUCUUAAAACUGGUACUGGAAAACAAACGGUUUUUUUCUCACCAAGUCUUUUAGGAAGUAUAUGGACAGACUUAAAGCCGCAAAUUGAAAGCUUAGACAAAACAAAAUUCACAAUCGUUGCGUGGGAUCCGCCAGGUUAUGGAAAAUCUCGUCCACCGGAAAGAGAUUACUCAGGAGAUUUUGGUCAAAGAGAUGCUGAAUAUGCUUAUGAAUUAAUGAAUACUUUGGGUGUUUCUAAAUUUUCUCUUGUUUCUUGGAGCAGCAGUGGUAUUUCUUCUAUGAGAAUUGCUGCUAAAUACCCUCAGUGUGUUGAUAAACUUAUUUUAAUGAGUUGUCCCAUACAAUGCUCUUUUCGAGAAUUAGAAACUCACAAAACUUUGAAAAAUUUGAGUACAUGGCCUGAAGAAAGGAAAGCACCCUUGUUAGCAAUGUACGGUGAAGAGGAUCUCAGUAAAAUGUGGAAUUCUUGGGUAGAUACUUUGGUUCAUCUUUAUGAAAAUGAAAAUGGUACUUUUCUUAAAGAAGUUAUUCCAAACGUAAAAUGUCCUACAUUAAUUCUACAGGGUAACAAAGAUAACUUUGUCCUUCCAAAAAAUGCUUUCAUCCUAAAUAGUAGUAUUCGCAAUUCAAGAGUAAAGAUACUUGAAGGAGGACAUAAUGCUCAUCUUAAAUAUUCCGACGAGUACAAUAAACUAAUAACAGAAUUUUUAUUAGAAGAAAAUUAAAACAUUCUAUAACAAACAAUAUAUAUUCAUUUUUGCACAACUCAAUUGCGAAGCAAUGAGACGUGUUCUGCUAACGCUUACUUGGUCCCGGCUGAUUCACUCACGUAAAAAU